AUGUCACAGCGUCCACCUUCGCCUAAUGCUCCACAGCCUUUUGACGAAGCCCUAAUUCCCGUAUUUCGAAGACUUGGUGAGAUAACGCUGUCAAAAAUCCGACUUCGUGCAUUAAGUAUCGCCGGCUUUGCCGUAACCUUCUGGGCGCUGAUACGAGGCUAUGCGACAGUAGCAGAGGCAGUAACGUCGUGUGCUGGUAUCGCUGCGGAAAUGUCGCCCAAGCAGCUUAAUAUAGUACAUUUCUUCAUCACCCAAGCGCUAGGUAUCGUGAUGGAAGAUGGGGGAUUUUGCGUGCAGGCUAGAUGA